UUAGAUACCGCUAUAUAUAAACAUGUGUCAGAGCACGGAACUGAACUUUUGAAUCAAACAAUUGACCUUGAGAACUUUACAAGCCUACUCGAUGGUGUCGAGUCGCGGAUUCGCAGCGUUUACAACGAGGUCGAGAAGAUAAAACAGCGUCUUACGAAACCCUAUGACUCCCUACGGUCUCACGUCACGCGCAUUCGCCGUCUUGGUUUGAUAUGUGACUCGCUUCGUAAAAUACAGCGUAUAUCUACUUAUAUUCGACGUCUACAGCAGGCACCGAAUGACUUGUCCAAAGCAUCAGAAGCCCUCAGCGAACUAAAGUAUGCUUUUGCCUCAAUGGACUGGCAGGGUAUCGAUCUGCUUGAAAAGUACCAUGUUGUGAUGAUGAAGGAACGUAGCAGGGUUGAGACACAUGCUUGGCAGUUGGUUCGCUCGUCUUCCGAUGUUGGCGAUCAAGCUCGUCUAGGAUUGGGUUUACAGGUUCGUUUGCAUUCCCUUCCCAUCAGCUAG